GGGAGGGUAACUGGACUCACUUGGCCUCUAGGGACGAGGAUUCUGGGUUUCUUCACGAGGUCUGGGAUGCCUAUCACCUCUGCCCUUCUGGAAGAGAGAGCAGCCUGUAUCCCGGACGCCUUCACGACCUGGCCCGGAGUCAUUGCUGACCUCGGCGCCUUUAGGCCUUGAAGUUUGCGGUAGACUCAUAACAGAAUCACCAUGAUUCUUCAGAGGCUCUUCAGGUUGACCUCUGUCAUUCAGUCUGCAGUCUUGGUCUCUUUGAGGAGGAACAUCGGUUUUACAGCAGUGGCAUUUAAUAAGGAACUUGAUCCUGUACAGAAACUCUUCGUGGACAAGAUUAGAGAAUAUAGAACUAAGCGACAGACAUCUGGAGGACCUGUUGAUGCUGGCGCAGAGUAUCAGCAAGAACUAGACAGGGAGCUUUUUAAGCUUAAGCAAAUGUAUGGUAAAGCAGACAUGAAUACGUUCCCUAACUUCACAUUUGAAGAUCCCAAGUUUGAAGUCGUCGACAAACCACAGUCCUGAAGAAAUAAUGUAAAAUUUAUCUGGUAAUCUGUCCUAGAUUAGUUGUACAACUGCUCAGAAGUAACAGAAUAAACAUAUUUCACAACUGUCA